UCCUGAAAAACAUUCCUAUGUGAAAUUGGUUGGAAAUUAAAAAGUGGGAUUUGUUUUGCUAAGCCGGACACUGUAACUGCAUUUAAUCAUUUUUUAAAUUGACCUGCAUUUCUUGAUGCUCUUUGUGGAACAAACAGUGGAGAAAAUAACAAAAAUAGCAUUUCUGAAAGUAUUCAUUCUUUAGAAAGCAUAAUUAAUUGAAAUUUAUUGAGACAACGAUAAAUAAAACUUUUUAUGGUAAGAUAUUUUCGUGAUAAAUGCCGACACUUCUUUGUCCAGUGCUGGGAAUCUGCAAAGAGGGACAAUAAGGUGUUAUUUUUAACUGUUUUAGCAACUGGAUCUAUUUUUUCCAGCCGUCUUCUCCAAAUGCUACUUUUGCUCAUUUCCUCUUAAAUUAAAGCACUGACAGCCUUUUUGAGCUAUGAUUGCAGCAUAUGGUGUAAUCUGGUUGAGUAAUCAGCGAGUGAAUAAAUGACUCAUUAGACCCCCAACGCGUUUUUCAGUAAAUUACACCCACAUGGAAAAAAAAAAGUCAGCACAUUAAAGAAAAAUUAUCCGGUAAGUUCGGUUUAAAAGUUUCUAAGUCCAGAUUUAUUUUCCCACAGAGAACUGGAGACGUCAGGAGAAAUGUCUGUGUUCACAUGGAGCAGCGUGUCGCCGUUCCUGCUGCUGCUUUUUCCUCUAACAGCUGGAUCAGUGGAAUAUUCCCAACUAAUCGUCAGACUUGGAGAAGAGGCCACUGUUCCCUGCAUGGCUAACAGCAGGCAUCAGUGCAGCAGCAUCGACUGGUUUUACUUCGCUGCAGGAGGCUCCAAAACAGCUACACUUGCUAACCGCGGACAGAUUGGUGACCAGUCUACCAAACUGGGUGGACUGGGUUUGAUUGCUCUCUGGUUAUUCAGAACGUCACGGCGCAGGACGUCGGCAUUUACACCUGCAGAGAGUCGAUGUCACAGCAGAAGGAAAGAGAUUUUCAGGUUUAUCUGACUGUUGUUGACAUAAGUGAACAUGAGCAGACCAGUAAGGUCUCCCUGCGGUGCUCCGUGAUGGAGAACGGGCCCUGCAGCCACGAGGUGGAGUGGCUGCAUGUGGAGCGAGACGGGACGACCCUGACGCUGCAAACGUCUCAUCCGUCCUGCUCUCAGGCUGUUCUCACCCUGCAGCCUGAGGCCCUCUCAACCCACCAGGACCUGCUGAAGUGCAGAGUUACUCAUAACCACAGCCAAGUGCAGAUAUUUAAUCUAAGACCUGCAUCUACAGGUGAGGACACACUAAAGCCCACAACAGACGCAGCUCUGCAACAGUGUCGCUGCUCCGCUCUGGAUUACAUCGUCAUUGUUUUGCAUCUGGCUGAACUGUUUCUGGUUACUUUCAUUGCAUUUCUUUUCUUCAGGUCUCGAGGAAUAAACAAAGUGACUGACAAAUCUGUUUUAAACUCAGAAUCAAGACAAACAGUAAACCACAUUCAACCAGAUGUUGAAUCGACGAGUCAUAAUGAGGACGAUUGUACAGGAGAUUACAUGAACUUCAAAAGUCCUGCUUCCUCUGCCAACUUCAGCGUUCAACAUGAACAUCAAAUCUGAUAAAAGUCCAAUUUCCAUUAUUUACGUUUUCUAAUGUAUUUAAGAUUUUCCUUCUACUUUUGCACCAGUUUUUUUGUUAGUUUUUUUUUUUUUUAGUUUUUU